CGAGAAGAACACAAGUCAAAGGAGAAGCGAAAAAAAAGGGUUUUCUGAAGCAAAAAAUUGAGAAUUUUCAGUUUCGUUUGUUUUCUCGCGUUCAGUGGCCAUGGAUACUAGGAUUGGGUCUGUUGACGCGGCGGCGGAGCCUACUGCGAAGAGCGUUUUGGGCUGUCCUCCGACGGCGCACUGCAACCACAUCGCUCCCUCGGCGCCGGUCGUGACGCCGGAGGCCAAUUUAGGCCGCCACCUGGCACGCCGCCUCGUGCAGGUGGGUGUCCGCGACGUGUUCUCCGUCCCCGGCGACUUCAACCUCACCCUCCUCGACCACCUCAUCGCGGAGCCCAACCUCCGCCUCAUCGGUUGCUGCAACGAGCUCAACGCCGGGUACGCCGCCGACGGCUACGCCCGCGCACGAGGCGUCGGAGCCUGCGUCGUCACUUUUACCGUAGGCGGCCUCAGCGUGCUCAACGCCAUCGCCGGCGCCUACAGCGAGAACCUCCCGCUGAUCUGCAUCGUCGGCGGCCCCAACUCCAACGACUACGGCACCAGCCGCGUCCUACACCACACCAUCGGCCUCCCCGACUUCUCGCAGGAACUCCGCUGCUUCCAGACCGUCACCUGUUUCCAGGCGGUGGUGAACAAUCUUGAAGACGCUCACGAACUCAUCGACACCGCCAUCUCCACCGCGGUCAAGGAGAGCAAGCCAGUGUACAUCAGCAUCAGCUGCAACCUCGCCGCCAUUUCUUACCCCACGUUCAGCCGCGAGCCCGUCCCCUUUUCCAUCGCCCCCAAGUUGAGCAACCAGAUGGGUCUGGCUGCGGCGGUUGAGGCGACGGCGGAGUUCCUGAACAAGGCGGUGAAGCCUGUGAUCGUAGGCGGGCCCAGGAUCCGCGUCGCGAAGUCCGGCAACGCCUUGGUGGAGUUGGCUGACGCCAGCGGCUAUCCGGUCGCGGUGAUGCCGUCGGCUAAGGGGCUCGUGCCGGAGCACCACCCGCGGUUCAUUGGCACCUACUGGGGCGCCGUCAGCACGUCGUUCUGCGCCGAAAUCGUGGAGUCCGCCGACGCCUACGUCUUCGUCGGCCCAAUCUUCAACGACUACAGCUCCGUGGGCUACUCGCUGCUCCUCAAGAAGGAGAAGGCCAUCAUCGUGCAGCCGGAUCGCGUGGUGGUGGCCAACGGCCCCGCCUUCGGGUGCGUGCUCAUGAAGGACUUCCUCCGCGCGCUCGCCAAGCGCCUCAACAAGAACAGCACAGCCUACGAGAACUACCAACGCAUCUUCGUCCCCGACGGCCAGCCGUUGCAAUGCGCGCCCAAGGAGCCGCUGAGGGUGAACGUGCUCUUCCGGCACAUACAAAAUAUGCUCUCCGGCGACAGCGCCGUCAUCGCCGAGACCGGCGACUCCUGGUUCAACUGCCAAAAGAUGAAGCUCCCGGAAGGCUGCGGGUACGAGUUCCAAAUGCAAUACGGAUCCAUCGGUUGGUCGGUCGGAGCAACGCUGGGCUAUGCGCAGGCCGUGAAGGGGGCGAAGCGUGUGAUCGCCUGCAUCGGCGACGGAAGCUUUCAGGUGACGGCGCAGGAUGUGUCGACGAUGCUGCGGUGCGGGCAGAACAGCAUCAUCUUCCUCAUCAACAACGGAGGCUACACGAUCGAGGUGGAGAUCCACGACGGGCCGUAUAAUGUCAUCAAGAACUGGGAUUACACCGCCCUGGUCGACGCCAUCCACAACGGCGAGGGCAAGUGCUGGACCGCCAAGGUGCGAUACGAGGAGGAGCUGAAGGAAGCGAUAGCGACGGCGUUGGGGCCGAAGCAGGACUGCCUGUGCUUCAUCGAGAUCAUCGUGCACAAGGACGACACCAGCAAAGAGCUACUCGAGUGGGGCUCCAGGGUUUGCUCUGCCAACAGCAGGCCACCAAAUCCGCAAUAAAUCAUCGUUGCAUCUUUCUAUUCUUAGUAAAGCUCAAGUGCAUGCACUGUUUUCAGGAUGAGAUUUUCAUCUACUUUGUUGUUUUUGUUUUACCAUAUAAGAAGCUGUGUCCAAGUGUAGUCUUUGUUUGUAACUUUAGUUGCCAUCGUAAUAGAGUCCGAGAUUGCAUUUUGAUGUCUA